GGAACAGCUGGUGGGGGCUCCGCUGAGGGAGCAGAGGCGAGCUGGUUGGUGGUUGAUGGGAGAAACAACAGCAAGCUAGGUAUCAUGAGGGUCCCCGAAACACUGAUCUGGGCCGCGCUUUUUAUCCAGAAGGUGGUGGCAGAGUACGGCAUGGCCCAUUUCAGUGACAAGGGCAAGAACAAAGGAAAGGAUUACUGCAUAUUCUUUAACCCACAGUGGGCACAUCUACCUCAGGACCUCAAUAAGGCAUCACGGCUCCAGAUCCAUGACCUGACAACAUCAGUCCUGUGCUCACCGUCCGAGGUCCCGGAGGGAGGGUUCCCGAAUCGCAUCCCCAUGGUGAUGAGGGGCAACUGCACCUUCUACGAAAAGGUCAGACUGGCCCAGAUGAAUGGCGCCAAAGGGCUGCUCGUCGUCAGCAAGGACCGGCUGACGCCACCGGGUGGUGACGAGUCGCAUUAUGAGGAGAUAGACAUUCCUGUCGCUCUGCUCAGUUACUCUGAUAUGCUGGACAUAAGCAAGACCUUCGGUAAAGGCAGAUUGGUGGCCAUGUACGCACCCAACGAGCCGGUGCUGGACUACAACAUGGUGAUCAUCUUCUUGAUGGCCGUAGGGACGGUGGCCGUUGGAGGCUACUGGGCUGGCAGCAGAGACCGUAAGAAAGGCUACAUGAAGCACAAGCGGGACGACGGCGCAGAGAAGCAGGACGAGGAGACGGUGGACGUGACGCCCAUCAUGAUUUGCGUGUUUGUGGUCAUGUGUUGCAGCAUGUUGGUGCUGCUCUACUACUUCUACGACCACCUGGCCAUUUGGGUCAUCGUCAUCUUCUGCGUGGCCUCCUCCGUCGGCCUCUACAGCUGUCUGUGGCCUUUCGUGAGGAGACUUCCUUUCUGCAAGUGCAGAAUCCCGGAGAACAACCUGCCGUACCUGCACAAGCGGCCGCAGAUCCGCAUGCUGCUGCUGUCGGCCGUCUGCGUCGGCGUCAGCGUCACCUGGAUGGUUUUCCGCAACGAGGACCAGUGGGCGUGGGUGUUGCAGGACGCCCUGGGCAUCGCCUUCUGUCUCUACAUGCUGAAAACAGUCCGACUGCCCACAUUUAAGGCUUGUACUUUACUACUGAGCGUCCUUUUCGUCUACGACGUCUUCUUUGUGUUUAUUACGCCGUUCCUUACGAAGGGAGGAAAAAGCAUCAUGGUGGAGGUGGCAGCUGGUCCCGCUAACUCCACCACACAUGAAAAGCUUCCCAUGGUUCUCAAAGUGCCCAGGUUAAACUCCUCCCCCCUGGCUCUCUGUGAUCGGCCCUUCUCUCUCCUGGGCUUCGGUGAUGUUUUAGUGCCAGGUCUGCUGGUGGUGUACUGUCACAGGUUUGACAUCCUAUCGCAGUCCUCCAGGAUCUACUUUGUGGCCUGUACCAUCGCCUACGGCGUGGGGCUGCUCAUCACGUUCGUGGCUCUGGCCGUGAUGCAGAAGGGCCAGCCGGCGCUGCUCUACCUGGUGCCUUGCACUCUGCUCACCAGCCUGGCCGUGGCGCUGUGGCGCAAGGAGCUGCCCCAGUUCUGGACCGGGAGUGGAUUUGUGCCUCCCAUAGUCCUCGCCCCAAUCAACUGUACACAAACUGCCGCGCCGCAGACAGAGGGACCCUCCCCCAAAGCAGAACCCCAAACCAGUGAAGCCGCAGGUCAGAGCGACAACGGGCCCCAGCACUCGCCUCAGGAAGAGCCUCCGGCCGAGAAAGACGGGGGAGACCACAAGUGUGACUGAGCUGGACUUUAGCACGGCAUUUCCCAUUUCACAUCCUUUCAUUUCUUCUUCCAAUUUGUGUCUUGAUGAGUGAACACGUUAAAUGUUUAUUUGCACUUGGUGCAAAGGGAAGCGCGAGCUGUUUCAGGGACACGCACUGUUCCUCCUGUAAUGGCCAACUCAGAAAGAUUCUUUAAGCCCUAAGUGAUCCCAUCUGAAGCCUAAACAACCAGUGUCUGCAGCAACAUCCCCUUGUCAGUUUGCUCACAGGACACAUGCAUCAGUUUACGUCUCCGUGCUUCAUGAAAUCAGAACGUGUUCAGUCCCGACGGCCAAAAGCCACGGUGCAAAUAAAGCCGAGCGCCGCUGGGAAACAACGGAUCCACUCUGUGAGCCUCUGGAACCACCUGUCGCUGCUGUGAUUCAGCGGCCCUGUGUGUGUGUGUGUGUGUGUGUGUGUGUGUGUGUGUGUGUGUGUGUGUGUGUGUGUGUGUGUGUGUGUGUGUGUGUGUGUGUGUGUGUGUGUGCGCGCGCUUUAGUGUCGGUCACGUCUCACCAAAGUUAGAAUAAGUCCAGCAGCGUUGGCUCAACAGUUCAUACCCUUUAAGAUGUGGUGCUAUUAUGGUUGUGGUUUGAGCCCAAAAUUACAUUUAACAGCAUUUAUUAGCUUUUUUCCUUUUCAGUUUGCUUAAAGGUCAUUUUGGGGUUUUUUGUGUAUGCUACAAAUUUAACAGCCAGCCACCGCAGUAGUUAUUCAUAUUGUAUCAGCGAUGGGUUUUGGCCUUAUGGUGUCUGUGUGCGAGAUAAAGCACAAUGUGUCAUGUAUAAAAGUACUGGGCCCGAGCUGAGUAAACGGAGGCGCCGGUGACGGGUUGUGAUACCAGUGUUGUUGAAUUUGUUUGUACAGAGGCGUUUGCACAAUAAUUUUAACUCAUGGACCGACAGAAAUGCUUGGUUCAUGUCUGUAAAUAUGUUCAUGUGUAGUCAAAGAAAUAACAAAAGGUAAUCAACAUUAUCUUCAUCCUCCAUUCUAAAGGAGAACAGCACUCACUGCAUAUAGACAGAACUCCAAUCCUCAUGCAUUUAUAAACCCUGUUAAGAGUUUGCUGUGAACUCAUCAUGAUCAGAAAUGAAAUCAGAGCAGCUUAGUUGAUUGAAUGUCUGCACUUGAACAAGCAGCAGUGUUUUACAGGACAUGAGAUUAUUCAUGCACCAGUUUUUCUCCAGCUGGUUUCAUUGCCUCCGAUGGAGAAAUAAUAAACAAACAUCAUAUUUAAUACCUCA